AAUUCAGAAUGGAUUAUGAGUAGCCUACUUUCUUUUUGUCUCCAUGCAGGUGGAUCAAAUAGUGUGCAAAUUUAGCAAUCAUCAAAUUUGUGGCCAUACCACUCUUUACAAACUGAUUUGUGCUGUCCUAGUGGCACCUCUGUGCAUGCUGAAACACAUGAAGCACCUGGCUUAUGUAUCUGCUCUAAUGUUAGUGGCCAUGUUCUUUACAUUUGGAGUUAUCCUGUACGAAACAGGAGCUGUAGUGUUUUCGGAUCAGGCUCACUGGGAAGACAUUGAGAUGUUCAACUUUAUAAAUUAUCCAUUCUUUUUCGGAAUAUCGUUGCUAAACUUUGAGGGGAAUCCGACUUGAUUAAACGUGAGAUCUUCAAUGCAAGAUCCUGAUGGACCAGCACCUCUAUGAGGUCUCUCAAUGUGAAAUCAUUUGAAUAACUGAUUAACAAACAAAUGGGAUAGAUUCACCUUUGCCUACAACUUUAGUGCUGUCAUAGUGACUCUGUUUGGAGUAGCAGUUGGAAGUUUUGGGCUCAUUGCUUAUGGUCCUGAUGUGAGUGAUAUUAUUCUCCUAAGCUUACCAGCAUCAAGCUUAGCGACUUUAACGCGCACCCUCUACUGCUUAUGUUUGAUGGGGACAUUUCCAAUCCAGAUGUACAUGCCGAUAUAUAUAGUAGAGUCUUCUGGCUGGUACCAAAGACUCCCAAACACCAAAAAUUGAGACUUGAGGUACUACAUCGGCAGGCUUAUGUUGGUUUUAUUCUCAGUCACUCUUGCUAUCAUUAUUCCAAAAGUAGGUUUGUUCAUAAACUUUAAUGGAGCUUUUUGUGGGACAAUCUUGUGAGUCAUUGCCCCUGUAAUGAUAUACUCCAAAACCUUCAAAGACACUCUCACCCCCUUGCAGACCUCCCUCAACUACCUCCUGCUCCUCAUCGGUAUUCUCUUCGGUGGCACCAGCGCCAUUGCUUCCUUCAUCUCGCUCCUCAGUGCUAUCCUCAACCCUUAAAAAAUCUUCAAUUUUA